UACUACUAAUAAACCCCUCAGACAGCGCCAUGAGAUAGGACGAGAAGCCUCAGUUGCCUUUCCUUCCCCACCUCGUUCCCAGCAGCAGCUCAUUCGCCUGGUGCUUAAUGUGACAAACUACAGCGCACCAGCAACACGGAGAAUGGGGCAGGAACGGGGAAGAUACGACUUUUACGUCGGCUUGGUGUUGGCCAUUAGCUCCAGCAUUUUCAUUGGAGGGAGCUUCAUCCUCAAAAAGAAAGGACUCCUAAGACUGGCCAAAAAAGGCUCUAUGAGAGCAGGUCAGGGGGGACAUGCGUAUCUUAAAGAGUGGCUGUGGUGGGCUGGACUGUUAUCAAUGGGCGCUGGUGAAGCGGCUAACUUUGCAGCAUACGCGUUUGCUCCGGCUACGUUAGUAACGCCACUGGGAGCUCUCAGUGUCCUAGUCAGCGCUGUUCUGUCGUCAUAUUUCCUGAACGAGAGACUCAAUCUCCAUGGCAAGCUCGGGUGUUUUCUGAGUGUGGUGGGUUCCACAGUGAUGGUUAUACACGCGCCACAGGAAGAAGAGGUGGAAACCAUACAUGAGAUGGCCACGAAGCUUAAAGAUCCCGGUUUUGUGGUGUUUGCAACUCUGAUCAUCAUUGUUUCCCUGAUUCUCAUUUGUGUGGUGGGACCUCGCCACGGGCAGACAAACAUACUGGUUUACAUAGCCAUUUGCUCUGUGAUUGGGGCACUGUCUGUGUCCUGUGUGAAAGGCCUCGGCAUUGCUAUUAAGCAACUAUUUGCAGGAACACCUGUGCUUCGUCACCCUCUGUCGUGGAUCCUCCUACUGAGCCUUAUAGCCUGUGUUAGCACACAGAUCAACUACCUGAACAAGGCACUGGACAUUUUCAACACCUCCUUAGUGACUCCAAUUUAUUACGUGUUCUUCACGACGUCCGUUUUGACCUGUUCGGCCAUUCUUUUUAAGGAAUGGUAUCAUAUGAACACUGACGACAUCAUUGGUACAUUCAGUGGCUUCCUCACUAUCAUAGUGGGCAUCUUCCUCCUGCAUGCCUUCAAAGAUAUCAAUCUAACCCUGGCAACGCUGCCCGUCUUCAUGAGAAAAGAAGAAAGAGGAUUCGCCGCCAAUGGGACUGCACAUUAUGAGCAAUUGGAUCAUGAUGUGAACGAAACCUGUGCAGACAGUUCAGAUAUACACUCCUCUGAGACCAUCUCCUCCAGAAGAAAUGGAAAUAUGAUCACCAUAUGAGAUUUUGACAGAAAUGUGUGAAGGGAUGGAAUAAAUGCACUGCCCUGUCUAUAGUAACUCUUUGCUGUCUUAGCCACCUGAAUUUGAGCUGCUUGUGUAACAGUUAUGUGCGCUGGUGGCUUUACUUAUUGGAGUCUCUAGAGACAAUCAUUUUUUUUCAAGUGGGAUUGCAAUGGACCAAGGAUUAUAAUUCAUUUUAUUUGCCUGGUUUCUCGUGGCUCUUUUUUUAACAUCUUUUAAAUGAUGUGUUUCUGUUUUUCUGUGGUUUAAAUAACUGUUCAAAAAUUGACUGUAACUAUGUAUAUAUGCUGAUUUUCAUAUUGUUUAAAUAUUUUUUGAAACAAUAUUGUACUUUAUGCACUGAGGGGUUUCAUUUUGAAUGUUUGAAAUAAAUUCUUUGAUUCACUUUCA